UAACGAGACUGUGAAAGAAGCCUGUCUCCAGCAAGGUGUUGACUCCUUGGGAUUUGAUGGAAUGGUCCAUGUUAUGAAUGGCAUAAUUUCUCUCAGUAGUUGCUCUCCGUGAUGGCGGCGAUUAGACACAUCUUGCAGAAGGAUGUCUUCACGCCUGCCGAGGAGAGGCUGGUCGGUGUGGUCAGCGUCACCAAACAUGGACAGAAGAGAAAGGCUGGAAACACUGUGUUUCUGUGUGCCACAGUAACCAAUGAAAAGCCUCAAUCAGCAGCAGUGCACAAGGUCAAGAAGACUGCUGACAAGGACUCGUACAAGAAGAAGCAGACAUGGAGCCUUAGUGAUAUGUCCUUGGUGGACGGCAAAGAUGCCGACGUCGACACCCCUGAGUUUGACCUGCACUUUGACAAGGUCUAUCGAUGGGUGGCCAGCAGCCUGGCUGACAAGAAUUCAUUCAUCAACUGUGUGUGGAAGCUGUGUCAUCGAUACUUGCGCAGAGUGCCCCACUUUACCAACGUGAACUCAGAUCGACUGGAAGAUCACACUGAAACAACAGAGAGUAUUCAUGGAACAGCUAGUGCAGCAGCAGCCGAUGACUACCAGGAGUUGACCACCGCGGACGAGACGGAUCUGAAGCAGAUCAUGGACUCGUGCAACUGGGCGAUUGGCAAUGCCGAGGCAUUCACGGAGAAACUGGCCGAGGAGUUGUCGGGCCUGGACGGCGCCAAUAUCCACGCCAUCAUGGGCUCCGAAGCGCAGGUGCAGGAGCUGAUCAAGCUGCUCGACCAGGCACUCUGGGAGCUGGAGAACACCGAGUCGCGUCUGUCCGACUACGACGCGCUGCUGCGUGCCGUGCGCGACAGCAUGGAGCUGAUGGAAGAGAAAGACAACAGCCUGCGUGUUGAAGACCAGAAUAGGCGCAAGCUGGUCACGGAGAUUGAAAACCUGGUGAAUGAACUGUCUCUCUCAGCUGAGCAUGUAUCGUUGCUCGAGCAUGGUGAUCUGCGUGGAAAGACCAGUCUGGUGCAGUGCAUUGAGGCGGCAAAGCGUCUGCAGCAUGUGCAGAAUGUACAGCUUAGCCCGGGCUUGUCAAUGAUGACAGCAGUGACUGAGUGUAGGGAAAUCACUGCUCAGCUUAGCAACAAGUUUACUCAUCGCAUACAGGCUCACCUGACGCACACUUUCCAGAAGAUGGCGUCCGAUGCCCUUGACAUGUCUGGCAUGCGCCAUACCAGUGAAGUCAUCCUACGACCUCAUUCCCAGAUUCACCAUGAACUGUUGCCAUACUCGCCACUGGUACUCUGGCUGCGCACGGCCGAUGAGAGCACCUAUGCAGACGUGUGUCGAUCCUACGUGCAACACAUGAAGAAAGUCUACGAGAAUGAGAUCAAGGAGUUCAUGGAAUGCACGAAGCAGAACCUGAGUAAAGAGCGCCGUCAGCUUGCUCCCUCUGCUGGUAUCAAGGGUGGCUCGGCGGUGAAGAAAUCCACCAGCACGAGUAGCUUGGCGUCAAGCCGUGGCAGUGUACACGCGCCUGAGUCGUCGCGUGGCAGUGACUCACGCGGUUCUGCCGGCAUCGAGGAGGAGAGAUCACGCUUUGAUCAUGUGUUCAACACUAUUCUCAAUCAACUGGACCCAGUUUGCAGCCGGGAACAAGAUUUCUUGGACAGGUUCUUCUGCUUCUCGCAGCCGACUGAGUCAACGGAUAGCGCUACUAGUGCUACGUCGUCAGAGAGGCGCAAAAUGCUGAAAGGAACUGACAGCACGGACGCACCGGCCGGGGCUUUCACGAAAAAGAAAAUGUUGGCAGAACUGCUGGCAACAAUAGAACCGGAAAUCCAGUCUCUAGUACAGUUUGGUGACAAAAUUGAUGGCUACAACACACUGUACAUGCUGGUCAGAACAAGUCAGGAUGUGUUGCCCCCGGAGACGAAGGGAGCAGCUAGUGUGGCGCACCCGCCUUCAGCGUCCAUGCCCGCCUUCAGCUUCCUCCAUCAGGUCAUGGGCUUGGUGUUAGUCAAUGUCAAGCGACGUUUUGACACAUUCAUGAAUUCUCUUGUAAAGACGUGCAGCGAGCAGAAGGUCAACAAGAAGGUCCGGUGUGGUAUCCUGCAGUGCGUGCAUGUUUUGGAGGAAUUCGCCCAGCAUGCAGAGAAUAUUGUCGGUUCGUCGGAGAGACGUAGCGAUGUGGACAAAUCCUACAAAACCCUACUGACGGUGGUGGACGAGACCAUAGAGCGUAUUGCAGCUGGCGAGACCAAGUCACCGCCAGAUGUCAUCAUCUUUGAAAACUACCAUCACAUUGUGGAUAUUAUUGCGCGCAACAAGCUUGCCGUUCUCGAGGCGCAUCGCGAUCGUUUCAAGCAGAAGUAUAAGGAGCACAUGAUGAGCUAUGUGACCUCGCUGCUGGGCAGGCCCCUGGAGAAGCUGAGUAUAUUUUUUGACGGAAUUGAGGACCAGUUUGCCGCUGGUGUGAAGCCGGAAGAAAUCGGCUAUCGGCUCAAGUACAGCAAAGCGGAGUUAAAGAAGUGUAUUCGAGAGUACCCAGGCAAAGAGGUAAAUCGAGGCCUUCAGGGUGUGUACAAGAAAGUCGAGAAGCACCUCUGCGAGGAAGAGAACUUGCUGCAGGUGGUGUGGCUGACCAUGCAGAACGAGUUCAUCCACCAGUACAAUCACUUCACCGAGCUCAUCCAGCGCUGCUACCCUGAUGCAAUGAUCUCCAUUGAGUUCUCGCUCGAAGAUCUGCUGGGAUUCUUUUCCAACAUUGCGCAACAGCACUAGGCAUAGCCGCCCUGUGGGGCUGUGUGUGCCCGUGCUUCUUUGUAUAUGAUAUUUUUUAUCUUCCCUUCCUCCUUUCGUUCCACCACCAGCUGUACAUACUUGAUUGGCUGUUGCUAGUGAUCAGCGCAUUACUUGUCUACGACUAGCCCUAGUUUCCCAGAUCGCUUUUAUACGCUUCCUUCUUAUUCGCUACUAUUCCCGCCGCCGCUUGACACCUACGUUCACGUCAGGUACCUGCAGCCUGUGUGCUGCAUGGUGAGCUGGAGAACUAUCUCUCUGAUCCGUUGCUUGCCUACACUGGCCUUAGUUUAUUUCUUUACUCAAUUUCCUCACCCUAGAAGCACACGAAGUGCAUGCUGUGUGCAUGUUUAAGGUACAGGUCGGUGCCUUGAGUAUCAUGUACAUACAAUGUAAUACUGCUAUACUGGCAACAAUAAAGAAUGACACUUCCAA